UUGGUCGGUCGAAUAAUAUACUUACCAAUAAACAACUAACUCUGCAUAUCAUCUUCAGAUGAAGAAGCUCAAGCUGAUCUCAGUCUCUAUGAUUCAUAAGAAUGUGUUUCUCAUCAAGCUCGUCUCUCUUAUUCUGAUAACGGGUCUCGCUCUCCACAUCUUCAGUUUCCACUCCAGCGACUUUUCUCCAAUCUUUGCGUCGGUCACCGGAAAAUUCGAAGCACGGUUUCUGCCGCCGAAGAUUAUCGUGCCGGAAAACGAAGAUCUCAUUCCUCAGGAUAUCGAAAUAGAGAAAUGCAAUCUCUUCGUCGGCAAAUGGAUUCCAGAUUCAGUAGGACCAAUCUACACAAACAACUCAUGCGGCAUGCUCAUUGAUGGUCACCAAAACUGCAUCACCAAUGGUAGGCCUGACUUAGACUUUCUCUACUGGAAAUGGAAGCCUCAUGACUGUUUGCUACCACGUUUUGAUCCCCAAACAUUUCUUCAACUUAUGAGGAACAAAUCUUGGGCAUUCAUUGGUGACUCCAUUUCCCGUAACCACGUUGAAUCUCUGCUUUGUAUGCUCUAUAUGGUUGAAGAACCGGUUGAGGUGUACCACGACAAGGAGUACAGAUCAAAAAGAUGGCAUUUUCCUUUACAUAACUUAACUAUAUCCAACAUUUGGUCGCCAUUUCUAGUUCAAGCCGCUAUUUUCGAAGAUGCAAAUGGCGUUUCAACCGCUUCGGUCCAGCUACAUCUUGACAAACUCGACGAGACAUGGACCAAUCUAAUGCCAAGCCUCGACUACGCGAUUAUCUCAACGGGUAAAUGGUAUCUCAAAGCUGCGGUUUACCACGAAAACGCUAAACCGGUCGGUUGCCAUAUCUGUCCGGAGAAAUCUCGCAUGGAAGAGUUAGGAUUCGACUACGCUUACAACGCGUCGCUGAGGAAUGUCAUGGACUUCAUAGCAGAGGAAACAAACCGUAAAGGCACGGUUUUUUUCCGGACUUCGACUCCGGAUCAUUUCCAGAACGGAGAAUGGCAUAACGGCGGGACGUGUAAGCAAACAGAGCCGGUGAGUGAUGAUGAGGAGGUUGAGAUGAAGAAUGUGCAUAAGAUACUAAGAGAUGUUGAGAUUGGUCAGUUCGAGAGAGCGGUUAGAGAGAAGGCGGGUCAAGACGGUGGAAGGCUAAAGCUUUUGGAUUUCACCGGGAUGUUGCUGACCCGACCCGACGGGCAUCCGGGUGCGUAUCGACAGUUCAGGCCGUUUGAUAAAGACAGAAAUGCAAAGGUACAGAAUGAUUGUCUGCAUUGGUGCUUGCCUGGUCCGUUUGAUUACUUGAAUGAUGUUAUUUUGGAGACCAUAGUAAAUGGCUGAACCCGGACGAACAAAUUGUGAUUGGUUCAUUGCCAAUUCAUGAACCCGGAAGAAUAGAAAACCGGUUCUCUGUGAUAAUUAGACUAAUACGGACAAAAUUUGGUUCUUGGGUGCUAGCCGGUGGAGAAAGCGAGACCGGUUUGGUAGGAGUUAAAUUUUAUUUUGCAAAUACACUGUAAAAACAUUAUUUAUGUUUGUUCUGUUUGUAAAAAACAAGAAUACACGAGGUUGUGUGUAAAGAUUAUAUUCGUGAACCGGGGUUUCCUCAAAAUUAAGAGAUCAUUUGA